UGGAGUAGUGAGUGUAGGUAGAGUAGUGAGUGUUAGUGCCACCACAUCGGUCUGAUCUGGAAGUUCUCUCCUCUCAGCCUGUCCUGCUUCAACAGCACAAGUUUCUUCUCAGUCCAGCAUGGGGAUCAGGAAAAAGAACAGCAAGACCCCUCCGGUCCUGAGCCACGAGUUUGUGAUCCAGAACCAUGCGGACAUCGUGUCGUGUGUGGCCAUGCUCUUCCUGCUGGGUCUGAUGUUCGAGUUUACAUCCAAAAUUGCCGUUUUAUUUAUAACGGUGCAGUACAACGUCACAGUAACAACAAACGAAGGUGAAGAGGAGACGGCGGUGAACUAUUUCAAUAACGGACUGAAGGACGUAGCGACUGUUUUCUUCUACAUGCUGGUGGCCAUCAUCAUGCACGCCAUUAUUCAGGAGUACGUGCUGGAUAAACUUAACAGGAAGAUGCACUUCUCCAAAACCAAGCACAGCAAGUUCAACGAGUCGGGCCAGCUGAGCACUUUCUACUUCUUCUCGUGUGUGUGGGGCGCCAGCAUUCUCAUCUCUGAGAACAUUGUGUCGAACCCGGUCAGUCUGUGGGAGGGGUACCCACACACACUUCUGCCGUUCCAGCUGAAGUUCUUCUACAUCUGUCAGAUGGGUUACUGGCUCCACAGUCUUCCUGAGCUCUACUUCCAGAAGAUCAAAAAUGAGGACAUUCCCCGUCAGCUGGUCUACAUCGGUCUGUAUCUGGUCCACAUCGCCGGAGCUUACGUCCUCAAUCUGAACCGGUUGGGUCUGGUGCUGCUGGUGCUGCAUUAUUUCGUGGAGCUGCUCUUCCACGUGUCUCGAAUCGUUUACUUCACCAACGAGGAGAGGCAGGCGGGGUUCUCCAUAUGGGCGGUUCUGUUCGUCCUGGCCCGGUUGUUGACCCUCUCUCUCUCGGUUCUGACGGUGGGCUUUGGUUUGGCUGGAUCUGAGCGACAGGGACUCAACCUGGCCGAGGGAAACUACAACGUCCUGUUCGUCAGAGUAACGGUGCUGGCGGCGAUCUGCACGUCUCAGGCCUUCAUGAUGUGGAAAUUCAUCAACUUUCAGCUGCGCCGAUGGAGAGAACAUGCUCAGAAUCAAACCACAAAGAAGAAAUCCUCCUCAGCUAAAGGAAAGUCCAGGAAAGCGAACGGCGUAAACGGCUCAGUGAGCACCAACGGAGCCGAUUCACCCAGAGCCAAGAAGAUCAAAUAAUCCCAAACAAAAACCCCAAACCAUUCCAGUGCCGUGCUUCAGUCCUGCUCCUGUAACCCUGCCCCCCCCCCCAGCUCUGAGCGCCAGCAGUCAUGUGCCAAUAACUUUUUAUUACGUGUACUUUAUAUAUAAUUAAAUAAUUGUUCUGUGUAACCUGAUAAAUAAGUUCUUCUCUGUUGAAUUUUGGAGUGUGUCCCUGUGCUGCCUACCCAGCGCCCCCAACUCGUUUAUUUGCAUUCACAAGAUUUAAAUGAAAUGUGGAAUAUUAGAAUGUACGUUUACGUGUUCUAUGUGGAACCUUAAAGCAGGAAAGGUUCCAGGAAGAACCUGUUUAAUUACCAAUAUUGGAGGGGGGUAGAAUUUGGGCUUUGCAUCUGAAGAACAAUGAUCUUGUGUACCUGAUUAUUGGCACAUGUCUGCUCGUUAGCUAAUUAGAGAAUUAGAUAAAUACAGGGUGAGCUGGAAGUGACCCAGCUCAUGGGUUCUGGUACUGUUCCCUUCUGCAGGAUUAUUAUUAUUAGGGUGGCUCCUUUACUAAAGUGCCCUCUCACAGGGUAAAGAAUUCAACAGAAGAAUUGUUCCUAAUUCUUAGUCCUCUAAAUAAUUAUUAUAUUUUGGUUCUCAGAGCAUCUCAGAACUUUACAGACUUGAUUUCAUCGUAAUUCACCCGUUUAUCCCCAAACUGAAAGGGUCCAAUAUUUUCUAAAGCUGUACUUUCUAUUUCCCAGCGUCCGUCAGUGCCAGAACAAACGGCCAGUAAACACGUUAAGUGCCUCAUCAGUCCAGGUCAGAAGGUUUCUGAAGCAGGUAGAAAUAGGAAAAGUUCACGUGGUCGAACAUUUCACAGCUAAUUCAGUGUGUUCGUGUGUGUGUGUCAGGUUAAAUUUGUGAUUUUUUUUAAAGUCAUUUGUUGUUACUGUAGUUUGUAGUCUGGCAGGAAUAUUUUCAUUUUGAGUAAUUUCACUGCUUUCAGGUCUUAUUUGCACAGAAUUUGUUUUAGUUUAAAAGAAAAGUGUCCUAUUGUUUCCUUCCCACUACGUUAUUGGGCUCCACCGCAGGUAGUUUCCACAUCAUUUCUGAAGAAUUUAUUUUGUUCUAUAAAGAAACACAUUCAAUAAAAUACUAAUUAAAACAG